CAGCUCGGACCUUCAUUCCACAAAAGAACCAGCUCCAGUCCUAGCCAUGCUCGCCACCGCGGGCUCUCUGGUAGCCACGAUCUGGGCAGCGCUCCAUCUCAGGACUCUGCUGGUGGCUGCACUCACCUUCCUACUCCUGGCUGACUACUUCAAAACCCGGCGCCCCAAGAACUAUCCCCCGGGGCCUUGGGGUCUCCCAUUCGUGGGCAACAUAUUCCAGUUGGACUUUGGGCAGCCCCACCUCUCAAUCCAGCCGUUUGUGAAGAAAUAUGGGAAUAUUUUUAGCCUGAAUCUUGGUGACAUAACAUCCGUGGUCAUAACUGGACUGCCCUUAAUCAAAGAAACCUUUACUCACAUAGAACAAAACAUUUUGAAUCGCCCUCUCAGUGUUAUGCAAGAACGCAUCACCAAUAAAAAUGGAUUGAUCUUCUCCAGUGGUCAGACAUGGAAGGAGCAAAGAAGGUUUGCCCUGAUGACACUCAGGAAUUUUGGCUUGGGAAAGAAGAGCUUAGAGCAGCGCAUGCAGGAGGAGGCCCACUACCUCGUGGAAGCCAUAAGAGAGGAGAAAGGAAAACCUUUCAACCCUCACUUCAGUAUCAACAAUGCAGUUUCCAAUAUCAUUUGCUCUGUCACCUUUGGGGAGCGCUUUGAGUACCAUGACAGUAGAUUUCAGGAGAUGCUGAGGUUGCUGGAUGAGGUCAUGUAUUUGGAGACAACAAUGAUAAGCCAGCUCUAUAAUAUUUUUCCAUGGAUAAUGAAGUAUAUUCCUGGAUCACAUCAAACAGUUUUCAGAAACUGGGAAAAACUGAAAUUGUUUGUCUCUUCUAUGAUCGAUGAUCACCGGAAAGACUGGAACCCUGAGGAGCCAAGAGACUUCAUUGAUGCUUUCCUCAAGGAAAUGUCAAAGUACCCAGAGAAGACUACAAGUUUCAAUGAAGAAAACCUCAUCUGCAGCACCCUGGACCUCUUCUUUGCGGGAACAGAGACAACAUCCACUACACUGCGCUGGGCUCUGCUCUACAUGGCCCUCUACGCAGAAGUGCAAGAAAAAGUACAGGCAGAGAUUGACAGAGUCAUUGGCCAGAAGAGGGCAGCAAGCCUGGCCGAUCGAGAAUCCAUGCCCUAUACCAAUGCCGUCAUCCAUGAGGUGCAGAGGAUGGGCAACAUCAUCCCCCUGAAUGUUCCCAGGGAAGUAGCAAUGGAUACCACUUUGAAUGGAUUCCACCUGCCAAAGGGUACCAUGGUUCUAACCAACCUAACUGCACUGCACAGGGACCCAAAAGAGUGGGCCACCCCAGAUGUGUUCAACCCAGAGCACUUUUUGGAGAAUGGACAGUUUAAGAAGAGAGAAUCUUUUCUGCCAUUCUCAAUGGGAAAGAGAGCUUGCCUUGGAGAACAACUGGCCAGGUCUGAACUGUUCAUUUUCUUCACUUCUCUUAUGCAAAAAUUUACCUUCAAGCCCCCAACCAAUGAGAAGCUGAGCCUGAAGUUCAGAAAUGGCCUCACACUUUCUCCAGUCACGCACCGCAUCUGUGCUGUCCCUAGAGAAUGAUGCUGGAGAAGCAAAGAGAAAAAGGAAGAUGUGGUGUAUGCCCUGAAGCAUCUGGGCUUGCUCAAGUGAGAGGAGAAGGUGUUACGGAAUGAAUGUGAUUCGAGCAAUAUUGAAGAAAUUUGACUUAGAAAAUUGAAGCAAACUCCUAGAAUGAUGGCCUCUUGAUUUGGUGGUGGGCACAUCACUUAUGAGCUCAGUGGCGUGCCUUUGCAUCUAAAAGUUAGGAGGACAAUGGUGAUUCUUCCUAUAAACAAGGUGGAUUAGUGAAUUUAAAAUGAAUUAAACAUCAAAAUUAAAACUAUAAUUAUUAUUUUAAAAGUAAACUUUCUAAGUUCAUCAUGAAUCGUAUCUUGAUUGGUGUAUCAUCAGUUUGCCUCCUUCCACCUUUCAUACACUUGUAUCUGGAACAUUGAUGUGUUGGCCUACAGCAGUGCAAGAAGAGAAUAAGAAUCAGAACUGAGCUGUGAUUGCAUCCACAGAAAUGGGCUAUUGAGACUCCCAGAUGACAGAUCUGUCACUAGCUUCAGUAGAUCUACAUCCAAAUUGAUCUGGAAACCAGCAGAGCAGGGAUCUUUCCCAACUCAGAGGCAUGCAAAACAAAUGAUAUAAAAUCAAUUACCUAGUUUUUAAUUUUAAA